AUGGCGUCAAGGAUCGAUGGCACUGCCAUUGCGAAGAGCAUUCGGGAGAGUCUGAAGGCCGAGAUUGAGCAGGCGCAGACGACCAACCCCCGAUUCAAGCCCAACUUGGUCAUUUUCCAAGUCGGAAACCGUUCUGAUUCCAGCACAUAUGUUCGCAUGAAGUUGAAGGCUGCUCAAGAGGCCAACAUCAUUUGCACCCUCAUCAACGUUCCCGAGUCUAGUACCGAGCUUGAACUCCUUCAAGAAAUCACCAAGGCCAACAAUGACCCUUCAGUCCAUGGCAUCUUGGUACAAUUGCCUCUGCCAAAUCACAUGUCGGAGCAUACUAUCACGUCGGCUGUUGCGGACGAGAAAGACGUUGAUGGAUUCGGCGCGAUCAACAUCGGUGAGCUGGCCAAGCGAGGUGGCCACCCUUUGUUCACUCCCUGUACUCCACUUGCUGUCAAGGAGUUGCUCAAGGCAAGCGGUGUUGAUCCGGCCGGCAAGGAAGCGGUUGUCCUGGGUCGCAGUGACAUCGUUGGCAGUCCCGUCAGCUACCUGCUGAAGAAUGCCGACGCGACCGUCACGGUCUGUCACUCCAAGACGCCGGACAUUGCCCGAAUUGUGAAGAAUGCAGACAUUGUUGUCGCUGCUAUUGGCAAGACCGAGUUCGUCAAGGGCGAUUGGCUCAAGCCUGGUGCCGUCGUCAUCGACGUUGGUAUCAACUACAAAGCUGACGCGACGAAGAAGUCUGGACAACGUCUGGUCGGCGACGUCGACUUUGACUCUGCUAUUGAAGUCGCCUCGCAGAUCACGCCAGUGCCCGGCGGUGUUGGUCCCAUGACCGUUGCUAUGCUACUGAAAAACGUCGUCGCCUCCGCCAAGCAUUACUUCGAUCGCCAGCGGGACCGUCACAUUACUCCUCUGCCCGUGAAGCUGCAGACGCCUGUACCGUCUGAUAUUGCCAUCUCUCGUGCACAGUAUCCCAAGCCUAUCACUACCGUUGGCUCUGAAAUCGGCAUUGCUCCCCACGAGUUGGAGCCAUACGGUCACACCAAGGCCAAGGUCAACUUGGGGUUGCUGGAUCGCCUUUCACAUCGCCGCAAUGGUCGUUAUGUCCUUGUUUGCGGUAUCACCCCGACACCCCUCGGUGAGGGUAAAUCCACCACCACCCUUGGUCUUACGCAGGCCCUCGGUGCUCAUCUGAAUCGCAUUGCAUUUGCGAAUGUCCGUCAGCCCAGCCAGGGCCCGACCUUCGGUAUCAAGGGUGGUGCCGCUGGUGGUGGUUACAGCCAGGUCAUCCCCAUGGACGAAUUCAACCUGCAUCUGACCGGUGACAUCCACGCAAUCACUGCCGCCAACAAUCUUCUUGCCGCUGCUAUCGAGACUCGUAUGUUCCACGAGUCAACCCAGAAGGACGGCCCUCUGUACAAGCGUCUUGUGCCAGCCAAGAAGGGCGUCCGGGAAUUCAAGCCCAUCAUGUUCCGCAGACUAAAGAAGCUUGGCAUCGACAAGACUAACCCUGACGAUCUAACCGAAGACGAGAUCCGACGCUUCGCGCGAUUGGACAUCGAUCCCGAAACUAUCACGUGGCGUCGUGUUCUUGAUGUCAAUGACCGUCACCUUCGUGGCAUCACUGUUGGACAGGCUCCCACCGAGAAGGGCCAUACCCGCGAGACUGGCUUCGAUAUCUCAGUGGCCAGUGAGUGCAUGGCCAUCUUGGCUCUCAGCAACAGUCUCGAGGAUAUGCGUGAGCGUCUUGGUCGCAUGGUUGUUGCCACAUCCCGCAGCGGUGACCCUGUGACCUGCGACGACAUUGGCGCCGGUGGUGCUCUAGCCGCUCUGAUGAAAGAUGCCCUCAAGCCCAACUUGAUGCAAAGUCUGGAGGGGACCCCUGUCUUGGUGCAUGCAGGCCCAUUCGCCAACAUCAGCAUCGGUGCUAGCUCCGUCAUUGCUGAUAAAUUGGCUUUGAAGUUGGCGGGUACCGAGCCCGACGAGGAUCACGACGCUAAGACUGGCUUCGUGGUCACGGAAGCUGGUUUCGAUUUCACCAUGGGCGGUGAGCGAUUCUUCAAUAUCAAGUGCCGCUCGUCCGGCUUGUCACCCGACACUGUUGUCAUUGUGGCUACAGUUCGUGCCUUGAAGGUCCACGGUGGUGGUCCCGAGAUCAGCCCCGGCGCGCCUUUGCCCGAGGUAUACCGCACUGAGAAUGUUGACGUCUUGCGCGCCGGCUGUGUGAACCUGCGUAAACACAUUGCCAACGCGAAGCAGUACGGUGUGCCCGUUGUGGUUGCUAUCAACCGCUUCGAGACUGAUACCGAAGCCGAGAUUGCCGUGAUCAAGGAGGAGGCCAUCGCCGCGGGUGCAGAGGACGCGGUCCCUGCCAACCACUGGGCUGAAGGUGGUGCGGGUGCGGUUGACCUGGCCAAGGCUGUCCUCGUCGCCAGCUCCAAGCCUAAGGACUUUAAGCUGUUGUACGAUCUCAACGGCAGCAUCCAGGAGCGUAUCGAGCGCAUCGGUACAGCUAUGUAUGGUGCCGAGAAGGUUGAGUUUAGUGAACUUGCCCAGAAGAAGGUGGAUACCUACACCAAGCAGGGCUUUGCCAACUUGCCCAUCUGUAUCGCCAAGACACAGUAUUCGCUCAGUCACGAUCCUGCCUUGAAGGGCGCCCCCACCGGAUUCACUGUCCCCAUUCGGGAUGUGAGAUUGGCCGUGGGUGCUGGGUACCUCUACGCCUUGGCUGCCGAUAUCCAAACCAUUCCCGGCUUGCCUACCGCGCCCGGUUAUCUCAACGUAGAUAUCGACACGGAGACCGGAGACAUUGAUGGAUUGUUCUAG